AUGUCCCCAUAUGCUCUGGUCUUCGGAAAAGAUUGUCAUCUGCCUCUCCAGUUGGAACACAAGGCAAUAUGGGCAUGCAAGAAGCUGAACUUUGAUCUAGCAAGUGCGAGAAAAGUUUGGAAGUUGCAAUUGAACCAGCUGAUCGAGUGGCGAAUGAACGCCUACGAAAAUGCCAAGCUUUAUAAGGAGAAAACCAAAAAAUGGUAUGAUGACCGCAUAAACAAUCAAAAUUUUGUCGAAGGUCAACAGGUAUUACUGUUUAACGGGCGUUUGCGAUUGCUUCCAGGGAAGUUGAAGUCCCAUUGGUCUGGACCAUUUCACAUCAAGACCAUCUUUCCCCAUGGCACAGUGGAACUAACAACUGAAGACGGGAGCAACGCAUUUAAAGUCAAUGGUCAACGAAUUAAGCCCUACCUUGGGGGUGAUGUGGAUCGAUGCAUGGAGACCAUCGACUUAGGCAAGAAGGACUAA